AAUAUUUUUCAGGCAUAUACUUUACUUACAAAAUGUAGUAAUUUAGUAAUACUGAGCUUUACAUUUCCUCGUUGAGAAAACUUUUUUAAAAAGUGGGAUUGUCAUAAUGAAACCUUCUGGACCAUAUGGCGAUCCUGGAUCUUCAUUGCCAAGAUAUUCUGGUCAGCAUGGAGGAAGUGUGCCGACAACAGGUUCAGUAAGCCAUUCUCCAUAUUUAACACAACAUCAGUCAAUACCAACAAUGCAUCCAUCAUUUUCAUCUCUGGGUUUACACAAUUCCGCUUCUAGUCCACGUGGUUCUCGUGAUUAUCAUUCUCAUCACCAUGUACCAGGAGAAGAUUUACAACAACAUAGAGGCCAUUUGGGAGGCACACCAAGUCUUGGAGUAUCAUCUGGUCAUAUGCCACAAAGGAGAAGAACCUCGGGUCAAAGAUUGUCAUUACUCUGGGAUAUUGGAGCAGCUGGAAGAGGUGAAAGAGACAGAGCGGAAUCGUCUGUUGGAUCAUUGAUGCCACAGUCUUAUUCUGGUACAGGAUCAGGUUCUGUUCCUUCCUCUCAUGUCAUAUCAGGGCCUGGUUUAUACAGUGGACGGCCCAACAUGAGUAUGUUGAGCUCUAUGGGUGGAUUACAUUCUAGUCAAAAAGCUUUGAUCCCAGGAUCUGUACCAUCCCAGUCUUCUUCUGCUACCCCCCCAAGACAUAUCACUGCAGGUGGUCCUGGACAAUCAUCUCGUACAGCAUCGUCUUCGAUUCAUCAACAACAUCCUCCAUAUCUUAUUUCUGGAAACCCAGCAUCUGUUAAAUCGGAACAACCCAUGGCCAGCUAUGUCAAAGAAGAAUCCAAUUUAUCGAAAUCGCCUAUGUCAAUCCAGUCUCAUAAUUAUCCACCACAAUUAAUACAUUCACAAACUCAUCCUGUUCAUCAAUCACAACAUCCAGGUUCGUCAGUUUCUGCAAUUAAAGCUGAACCACAUACCAAAGAGGUUGAGAAUAUGCCAGCUAAAGAAACUCUCCUGGCAUCUAUGGAUAAAGUUGAUAAAGAAAUUCAAAAGGUAUGUAUUGAAAUCAGAGGAUUGGAACGUAAGAAACAACAACUGGAAAAUACAGCUAAAAAACCUCCACCUGCUGAAAAAUCAGCUUCGCCAAAAAAAGUUGAACCAAAACAUCGGGACUUGUGGCAAGUUAUCUAUGCUGAAAACAAGAAAAAGGCUGAAGCAGCUCGAGGGAUGCUUGACCAUUUGUGUAAGCAAUAUGAAAUGCCUCUGUAUAAUCAACCUUGUGAUACUAAAGUAUAUCAGGAUAAUCUCAAAAAGAAUGAAGAAAUGAGACCGAAAUUGUUGGCUUAUUUCCAACGUCGAAGUCAACUUUCUAAUAUUCGUGAAAGAUAUUUGUGUGCAAGAUAUGAUCAGUUGAUGUCUGAAUGGCAAAAGAAAAUUGAAAAAAUUGAAAACAACCCCAAGCGAAAAGUCAAAGAUGCAAAAGUGAGAGAAUUUUUUGAGAAACAGUUUCCUGAAAUUCGAAAACAGAGAGAGCAGCAGGAAAGAUUUUCACGAACUGGUACAAGAGGAGAUGCAUGUCGAAGUGAAGCAGAUUUCAAUGAAAUUGUCGAUGGACUUUCUGAACAGGAGCAUCAAGAACAACACAUGAGACAGUUAGCUGUUGUACCUCCAAUGCUAUUGGAUAGAGAUGAAAGAAGACUGAAGUUUAUAAAUAAUAAUGGACUUGUUUCUGACCCAUUAGAAGAUUAUAAGAAACGACAAGAGUUGGAUCAUUGGGAUUCUCAAGAAAAACAGAUUUUCAAAGAGAAAUAUGUUCAACAUCCGAAGAAUUUUCAUAUGAUUUCAUCUUUUCUGGAAAAGAAGACUGUAGCGGAUUGUGUUUUAUUCUAUUAUCUGUCAAAGAAGAGUGUUGGGUACAAGCAAUUGGUUCGUAAAAAUAAUUUGAAACCAAGGAAAGUAAAGAAUGUGCGAAACCAAACACAACAGGCCUCAACAACAUCACAAGACAUAAAAAAUGGGGGACAGUCUGGAGACAAAUCUGCAAUUGGUGAUAAAGAUUCAGAACAGAAAAGAGAGUCACCCGAAACCAUUGUAAAAACAGAGGAAAUUGAAAGAAUUGAUCGGCCGCCUUCUCCGAGAAUCACAAGAUCAAGAAACAAAAACAUGAAUUGGACAGAUGAAGAUAUAGCAGUUGCUAAAGAAGGUUUUGUGAAGCAUGGAAAAGACUUUGCUGCUAUUUCACGUCUGUUUGCAAACAAAUCUGAACUUCAAGUUAAAAAUUUCUAUCAUAACUAUAAAAAGAAACACAAUUUGGAUCAGCUUAUAUUAGAUGGGAAAAAGAAAAAGCCAAAUGAAGGUUCCAGAAGAACAAGAACACAAAAUCAGUCUCAGUCAUCAACACCAUCAAUUGAAUCAAAAUCUCCAUUGUUGGAUGAGGAUAUGGCAGCUGAUGACAGUCGACCAAAAAGUGCUGACCCACAAGUUUCAACGACUGAAAUAGAAUUGAGCAAAAAACGAAAGAAAGAGGAUGAAAAACUGGACAAAAAAGAGGAACCAAAUCAAGUACAGACAGAAAAGCCUGCAAGCAACAUUCCCACCAUAACAACAACUGAAACUGAAACAUCAGGUGAGCCUGUUUCUAGAGUCACAACCCCCGUUUCAUUGUCAUCGCAGAUCAGGACUCGUCGAACUGCUGCUGGUUCUGCAGGCACAGAAGUUACCAGGAGUGAAGCUGCAAAACGAUCUCCAGAAUCUACUACUGCUGAUGAACCGGCUGAGAAGAAAGCCAAAAAAUCAGUCGAAGCAGAAGAAGUGAAAGAUGAAAACAAGGAACAAAAUGAAGUUGACAAGAAAGAGAGUUUAGAGGUUGAGGGGGCAAAACCAACAGAGAAAGUUGAAAAUAAACCGCAGGAAACAAUGGAUGAAAAGACGAUCACUGAAUCUAAAUCUGCUGGGAAGGAAAAGGAGACGCCUACUGCGACUAAACCAGAAAACAUACCAGCACCAGCGAUAGUUAUAUCAUCAACUCCAGCAUCUGCACCUGGUACUAUAUCCUCUACUUCCCCUAUCAGCACAAUUUCCACUACUAAAACCAUCAGAACUACUAUAGCAGCAGACACUAAACCAAUGUUGGCACCAUCAAGUGAAAUGAAACCUGUUGGAGUACAAAUACAAGCACCAAUAAAAACACAGCCUCCACAUCUACACGUUUUACCGCCUCGCUUAUUACCUGGUCGUGAAAAUGAUGGAGGAGAUAGUUCAGCUACUUGCAGUGCAGAUGAGGAACCAAACAUGCAAGAUGUGGAGUCUAAUAAAGCUGGUGUACGCAAGCAUGCCGACUCUCCGUAUGCAUUUGAAGAUGACUCUUCUGCUUCUAUUAAAUUAGAAACAUCAAGAGCUCCGAUGGUUUUUCAUGCAACUCCAAUCACUACCGUAACACCAGCCACAACCACAAAGCAAACACCUGUUUUUUUUGCUCCACCAGCAAAUACUGAAAGACCUUCUUCAACUCAUCCACCCCUACAGAUGGCUUUCGUACCACAAGAUCAAAAACGACCCCAGUCAUUACCCCCACCUCCAGGCGCUCUUCCAACCACUAAUGUACCUAUUAGUGCACUGAGCUUCCAACCUACACCAGUCGUCAAACAACAAAAAUCGGGUAAUUUACGACCAAAUUCUACUCCAUCUCUUGUACCAUCUUCAAUGCCAAGUGUAUUAACUUCUAAGGCCUUACCAACUUCUGCCUGGCAUUUACCAGCGCAUGGACCUUUUUCAGGCCACAUCAUUGGAAAAGUACCUGAAGCUUCAGAGUUUCUUUCUGCAUUACGCAAUGUUGAUGUUUCACAAAGCAAACCUCCAAUUCCUGCAUCAAUAAAUCAACCAGUUAUUGUUCCACAAUCUAAACCCAUAAAACAAGAUGUCUCUCAAACUAUUGACCUUACUGUCCCAACUGCAAGAGGAUUGCCGACUUCGGAAGAUUUAAGCAAGAGACUGCCUGUCACUUCUGGUAAAGAUCAACACCGUCCGCAACAUUAUCAUCCAGUACCACAGGAGGCUACAUCUCUGCAGAAAGAUUUUCUAGCACAGAAGAUUGAAGUGAAAGUUAAAGAAGAUCCAGCACCCAUCUCAAGGCCACAUAAGUACUCACAUUCGGAUGUUGCUAUGAUGCGUGAUAGAGCCGCAACGAUACCAGCAACAUCAGCCAUUCCUGUUAUGUCAUUGAGAGCUCCCAUGCCAAGCACAAGCCAGAGCAGAGACAUCCGAUUGCCCGAACCAAUUUUGAAGAGAGAACCUAAUAUGUCUGUCAUUGAGACAGGCAAAGCUAUGCACGGACUUCACUAUCCUAAAGCUGAACCUGGAAAACCAAUACAACCAUCAUUAUUACAACAGGUUCCAAUAUCACUUGCUCGAUCAUCACUUACCACCAGCUCAAUACCUACCAAGUAUGUAUCUGGCUCAAUGACUUCUGGGGCUCCUGUUUUACAAAAACAACCUUUAAAGCAACCGACUCCUACAGCACCAAAUAUAGAAAGUCGGAAAUUAGAAGAUUACCCAUCAGGUCAGCUACCUCGUACUGCUGAUGCGCAUAUUUACCAAAGACGCCCUGAACAUGGACAAGCUCUCGAUGGCAGAGGUCAUCCACCUGAAUUGAUCAGAAAAACUCUGCAAGAUUCAAGACCUUCUAUUGUAAAGUUAGUCGAAAAUCUUCCCAGAAGUAUGAUAGAACAACAGCUCGCCAACAUGGGUAAUGAUCAAAAUCGUGGUAUGGUUAGACAAGAUGUACAAACUGUAAAACCACCAGGAUCCAUAACGACAGGAUUGCCAGUUAACAGACCCCAGGAUGCAAGACACGAAAAGCGAACCGAAAUUCGUAAAGACAUCAUACAUGGGCGAGAUAUAUUAGUUCAGGCUGCAUAUUCACAUGCACCUUCCCUACCUGAUCCAACACGAGCAAGUGAAACCAGUUUGCGUCACGAAAUGGCACGAAUGCAAAACUAUCCCGCUAUCCGUUUUUCUCUCCCUGGAAUGCAUCCUUCGCUAAUUCAAGGGCUCCCUACCAAACCUGUAUCAGGGCAGGGUUCUAUACUCGAUGGUACUCCGGUUAAACGAAAACCAAGUGACGAUUCGAAUUCAAGUUUGUCUCCUACUUCUAACCCAGCAUAUCAUGGUGCCGUGGUGUCGAGACAAUCUCCUACAAUCCUUCCUCCUAAUAUGAAACAAACUGAACGUGUUGGUUCAAGUUCCAACAGAUCCGCUAGUGAUACAAGGGGACUACAUCAAGGAUAUCUUCCUAAGAAAGAGGACCCGUAUCAUAGAAGAACUCCAGAAAAACUUUUGAGAGAUCCAUCUCACAGCUCACGAGUCGCUUCUCCGAGCCAUAGGCGUACACCGACCGGUCCUCUGGGUCAGCACUUGGCAGUAAAACAAGAAUUACAAGGCAGUCCUAUGACAAUUGAAGAAAUGAUUCGUAGGAAUCCUGCAUUUACUACAGCUAUACCAGGAUUGCUCGAUUCUCAUCAACUUGCAGCCGCAGCUGCUGCAAGCACCAUAGCUGUAAAUCCAGAUUUAUUGCGGACACAAUUUCCACUAGGAUUUGCACCGAAUCCAGAUUUCCAAAACCUAAUGCAACAAUAUCAAGCAGCCAGAUUACCAGGCUUUCAAUCGCCUCUAUUUCUUCCUUCCUGGUUUCAUACUGCAGCCCCAGGAUCUCCUUUAGCUCCACGAAGCCCACAGAGUGACGAAUCAGGAAGAGAAUCAACCGCUAAAAUGUUAAAUAAUGACUUUGUGACAGCUCAGCUAAUGCAGGGCAGAAAACCUACUUCUGCAUUGGUUACAGCAGCUUCUUUGUUUCCUAAUGCUGCCAUAAGUACACCUGGGCUUCAAGGCGUUCCACCCCUAGUUGUUAGUGGUACUGGUGCAUAUCAUCCACUCGCUACUCCAUAUGCAGGCUUACAGCAAGCUGGUUUGCAUUACAUACCAGGCCAUCCAGCAUUAACUCGUAGCCCAUAUCCUUCUCAAUUUGCUGUACAAGCUGGAAAGAAUCUUGCAGAAAGUAGUUUGUCUCCAUCACAAAGGCCUCCAAAAGCAGGUAGUCCAGAAUUCAUCAGACAACGUCAUAGAUCUGGAGAUCCACCAAGAGAAUUCGCCAAUCAUCCAGCAAUCAAAGAACGCAACUCACCAGUCAGCCCUAUGGGAUAUCAUUCACCCAGAGGAAACUUAUCACCCAGAGAUAGGUAUACCCCACAAGGGUAUCAACAACAAAGUCCCUCACAUUCUCAACGAUCUGCCGGCUCUCAUCAUCCACAUUACCCACAUUCUAGUACCCCAUCCAGUCAACCUUCUUACCAUCACCCUGCGAUGUCAAAGUCACCCCACCUUAUCCCACCUCAUUAUCUGGAUGCGGAAAUGUUUAAUAAAUUAGCAGAAGCUAAUGCAGCGGCGGCGUCACGUCUUGCGGAAUCCCGGUCUUCUCCAUAUUUAGCAAAGCACAACAGAUCAGGAUCAUUUGAUGGAAGUAUACAUAAUAGAAUUGAGAGAUCUCGACCUGAUUCUGCGGGACCACACCCAAGAUCACUGCCCCAAAGCCCUAACCUAGCCGAUUCGAUUAAACCACCUCACGAAUAUCAUACUCAUGCUGGAAGAGACUCUCAGAGUCCAAAAUAUCGUGGUGAGGUAAAACCACCACCUCAACCAAUGUCUAUGACAGGUCAUGGACUUGUGAAAGCCCAACCAAAAAAGGAUGAAAGAUCCAUGCAUCGAAGCAGUCCUAGACCUUCACAGAAGUCUUCCGCUGAACGCAUUGAAAUGCGUCAACAACAAUCCGGCACUCCAGUUGGGAGUGGUUACCAUGGCGAGCCAUCUUCUACACCUCAAAAGCAACGUACUCAUUCACCUUACCCUACUCAACAACAGCAACAGAUCAAGGAAGGACCUGGGCGCUCCCAUGCUGAAAGAAUUCCUGGGCAUGGGCAUGCAAGCUCUGAGAAUUAUAAAAGGAAUGUUUCGAAAAAUCCUGGUGAGGAUUUGAAGAGAAGUGGACGAACAAAAAUGAGAGCAGCAACAUUUAUCGAUCAUAUCAUACACAGAGAAUUUUCGGACGAAAAAAGUGAAAUGAAACAACCAUCACCCAGUGAACAACAGCAAUCUGUCAUAAGCAUGAAACAGCAACGAAAAACAGAAUCACCGACAGUAAGUCGACAAUCAGAAAAGGCUCAAACGCAUGUAAAACCCCCCAUUUCUGCUUCAGAAUCACAACCAUCUUCGCAAGGAAGACUGGAGCCUGAAAACAAACCUAUAGCUCCCUCUAUGGGUACAAUGGGAAGUUAUGCAGUUCAUCCAUUUGCUUUUGCUCACUAUGCUGCAGCACAAGCUAUGGCAAAUGGAGGUCAACUUGACAAAACAAAGACGACUCAGUCAUUGCCAAUGGCACAAGGCAAGGGACCCACUUUUGCAGAGCAUUCGGCUGAUGUUAUUCAUGAAUACUACAGGACCACAGCUGCAGGUGAUAGAAAUAUGUCACCGGUUCCUAAUAUAGGAGCAGGAAGUCCUCGUUCAUCAAAAUCAAUUGAAAAUAUCCCAAUGCAGGCAUCAAGACCUGUUACACCACCAGAUCGACGUCAUCCUGUUGCUUCUCAAAAACAAGAUGUGAAAAUAGCUCCUCCAUUAUCAAGUUAUCAGCAACAACAAUUUCACACAAGAUUACCCAUUUCAACGGGUGUUGCAGUGCUCCCUGUAGAUCCAUCACUCAUGGGAGAAGCCCGACCCGCUAUACCUUUACAAAGGAUGCCGAUAACAUCGAAUAUAGCUCCACAACCAACAGUAGCAGGUAGUGUAAUACAGCAACAGCCAACUCCCAGCUCAUCUCUGGAAGAAAUUAUUAGAAAAGCUCUUCUUACUGAUGCCGCACCCACAACAGUCCCAGAUUUACAAGUCCAGGAUAAAGUAAUGAGCACAUUUAGUCCUGAUAUGAUGGUGCAACAUGCCAUGUUAUCUUCUGCUAGAGUAUCAUCUACGAAUGUCCAACCUCCUUCACAACAGUUACCACAAGCACAGCCACUACCUAAGCCAGAACCAAGAAGAGAUGCCUCAUCUCAGCCGCAAAGUGGAUCGGAGAAAUACAUGAGUGCUCUAAUGUUCAGACAAAUUCCAGGAGGCUCUCAACCACAGAAUACGCAGCCGCCAGCAGCACAACCACAUGAGAGGCAACAACAGUUCUACCAAAGUAUUGGUGGAAGACCCAAUCAACCAACGGCAUCGCAAUCCCCUGCACCGGCUCAAGAGCCAGCUCCACAGCAACAAAGAUACCAAGCUCCUGCAAUACAGUAUGAAGCUCUUAGCGACUGAAUACAAAUAUCACCCUAAAUGAAUAGAGAAUCCAGCAUUUGUUUUGCUAUUUGCUGCAAAGAGACUGUUCACUGAUUCAAUUCGGAAAGUACAAUGUCAAAAUGUGUGAUCUUUGGGGCACCAAUUUAAAUAUUUCUAUUACAUAUUCUGAUGUACAUAUGAUUUAUUACUACGAUCAUCUUUUUGUAUCUUGCCUUUUGAGCAACCCCUCUCUGCAAUAAGUGUACAUAAUAUAGUAUACCUACCAUUAAUCACCAAUAACAAAAAUUGGGCUGCUAUUUUUUUAUUAGUCUUUGGGGUUGUUAAGAUGUUUAGGGCAUCUUUUAUAUGUACAUAGAUUUAUAUCAUGAUGUUACUGUGUGAUUGCAAGUGUGUAAACAUUUUAGAAAGCUCUUCUGUUUGUCCAUGAUGAUAAUGUGUCUUAUGUAUUAUUGUAUAUCAUAUGAUAAAAUAUAUGGUGGAGCAAGUAAA